AUGCCGCCAAUGCCAUCGAGCUCCACAGGCGGAGGACGCAUGCAAGGCCCCUCCACGUUUGAUAAAUGGAAAAUGGGCGCAAUGCUUGGAGGCUCCGUAGGUCUGAUCAUGGGCUUCAUCUUUGGUGGCUUCAACAUUAUGAGAUACGGGGCUGGUCCCAGUGGCCCUAUGAGGACCUUAGGUCAAUACAUGCUGGGUUCGGGGGUUACAUUCGGUUUCUUCAUGUCAAUAGGCUCUGUAAUCCGCACGGAAGGCAAUUCACCCUUGGCCACCGAGGCAUUCGCACGAGCGAGACGCCAACCUAUGUUACUGCCUAGAAAACAUGCGAGGAGACUGGAGCAAAGAGAUGGAGGAGAGCGUGAGCUGUUAAAUCGUGUACAAAAGAAAUAA